GGCCCUCUGGCCCAGACCCUUUUCGUCGGUGCGGCCUGCCCUUGCCUGCCGCGCGCCGAGCGGGGCCCGGGCGAGCCACCCGCGCCCGCCGCGGUGGUUUUCCCGAGGCGGUGGUCCGCGCUCGUGGCUUCCCUGCCAGGGCCCCAUGCCGCCCGCGCGGCUGCGUCCCGCCGAACUCUCGGCGGACGGCGGCGGCGCCGGCUGCGCUCUGCCGAAGGACGAGCCUCUCGGCAGCACUUCGAGAGGCUCGACGGCCGCGAGCUCGACCACCGCCGCGAGCCUCGACGGCUGCGGCAGCUUCGAGAGGGGGUCGUCGCCUCCGUCCACCCGGCGGUCCACGAGCCGGGAGCGGUACGAGGAGACGCUCGACUUUCCGGUGGAGCUGGCGACGGCCGCGCCUCCCACGCCCGACGGCCCCCCCUGCCGGGCGGCGCCCCUGGCCGAGACCCGCCGCCUGACCGCUGCGCUGCGAGAGAUGGCAGCGCUGCUCGACCUGGAGCCGCGGAGCCUAAGGGAAUGCGUGCGGGCGGUCGCGGAGCAGGGGUGGAAGAACAUCACGUGGCGCAAGCGGUGCGCCGCCGCCGGGAGUUGGGCAGACGCGCGCUGA